CAAACAUCUCCUAAGUUCGGAAAUUUUGGUUUCAAUUUCAUCGGAGUUUACCGUGAAUAAAAAUCAUUUCUUGAAAUAUUCUAGACUUUUUUUUUCUUAGCAUAAAUAUUGAAAUGAGUCGUAGCUUUACGCAUAGACCAUCUGUUCAGACAAGAGGCAGAGGAGCUUAUUCUAGAGGUAGAGGCAGAGGAACUAAUUCUAUCAUGCACCCAGCUCGUCGACCUAAUUAUUCUACCAAUAGAUUAUCGUCCACAACCAACCCUAAUAAUAACAAUAGACCUAUGGAUGCUUACAAUCACGUAAAUGAUGAUCAGGAUCCUGAUGUUGAAGGCAACAGCGGUGACCAGAACGCAGAUAGAUCAAGAGGAGAGUUUCGUGAUGCCUACACAGUUUUUGCCCCUGAUCAACAAAGACGUCAGAAAGUGCAUGAAAUGGCUCAAAGAGAAACAGCCGAGUACGAACGAUAUAAACAAGCAGCAGUCCCCAAGACAUAUCACUAUGUGGGAACUGUAGGUGGCAGAAACAGCAGUGAAGAGGAGGCCAGGAGACGACAGGCUGAAGAAGUUAGAUUACAGAAGUAUAAUAGACUUGCCAAGCAGCAGCAGUACAAAGAAGACCUAAAGAAGAGGGAAGAAAAGGAAAUUGAGGAAAAAAGAGCAGAGGCUAGAAGAAAGGCAGAGCAAAAUGAACUGAGAGAGCAGGCUAGAGUAGCCAAUCCUGAGGAUCUAAGAAAAAAACGAGAACAGUUUUUAAAUCGGUUGCAGAAUAACUCAUUUAGUAAUUGAUUAAAACAAUCAAUUUACUUUCUGAAUGUUGAUAAACACAUUAAUUUUUUACCUAGCUUAUUUAUACACUAUACUUUUUUUUUGGUUCUGUUUAGAUAUUUCAGUUAUUAAACAAUUAAAUCAAGUGCUUUCAAAUUAGCCAUAAUUAUAAUUAUCUGGAAUGCAUAAAACCGAAGCGGUAGACAGUGGUAAAAAAAAAAGUGGGUUAUAGUUUUUAAAUUUUUCAACUUUAAAUCACACAUGAACUUUAUUAUAUAUAUGGAAAUAUGAAGUAUUUUAAGAUACUCAAUAAGAUUUAUACUAAUAGUAAGAAAAAUAUUUCUGUAUCUUCCAAAAAAUGUCUACAACGUUACUGGAUUGUAUGAAAAUUGCAUAAAGGGCUUCGGUAAUCUUGGUUGUGUUUGUUUGUUUGUAUAGUUAUUGCAGUGAAAUAAUUGAACACCUUGUAAUUAAUUAAUUAAUAUUAAUUAAUUAUUAAUUUUUUUCAACAUAUUGCCCUAUUUCAAUAAAUCCUUUCAUUUUUUUUUUUACACUCAUCAGACAACAAAAUAAAGGCAAAAGUUUGUUUCCUUGGAGUUAGAAAAAAAGAGUCAAAACAAAAAUUGGUACUGUCUAUGGUUUAAUAAUUUUUUAAACCUACUCUGUAAAAACAAGAGGAUGCGCUGACAUCCGAAUCUGGGGUCCUGGGUUUAAAUCUUAGUGAAGACUUGGAUUUUUAAUUUCUGGAUCUUAAGGGCACCUCUUGAGUCCACCUAACGUUAAUGAGUACCUGACAUCUGUUGGGGAAAAUGGAAAGGUGGUUGGAGAUUGUGCUGGCCACACGACACCCUCAUUAACCAUAGACCACUGAAACAGAUUACCUGUACAUCAUCUGCCUUAGAGAUCACAAGGUCUGAAAGAGAAACUUUACUUUUUUAACUGUACUCUGAAUAAAAAAUCAUUAUAAAAAGAAAAAGCUGUUUCAUUUUUGUCAGAAUUCAUCUCAUCCAAUAAACAUCUUAUUCUCUUGAAAUGUACUAUUUCAAGCCAGUGAGGCAAAACAAGACACAAAUAGAAAGAAGGGGAGUCUUCCUAUUUAAAGAAAUUUAACUAUUGGGCAUAACAAAUUUAUUUUUUGUGUUCGCCACCUUUUUUUUCUUUUCAGAAUGUAAGAACCAUAUCUAAAAUGUCUUUGUCCUCAACAUAACAUUUAUUAAUUGUUAAAAGUUAAUUAAAGUGCCAUAUUAUGUUAAUGGUUUCAUAUAAGUCUAAGUACAAGCUUCUCUCCACCGUGUAAAUCUCACCCGUCAGACUCAAUCAUUUCUAAUAGCAAACGAUCAUUCACUUUUAUGGUUAUCACCUUUGUGAAUAAAAAACUGUUGAUUCACUCACAUCUCAUGUUAUCUCAGUCUAAAUGCACCAGUUGAAAUUGUUCAUCUUAUUACUUUCUUAGCAGAAACGAAUAACUUGAUCAUUUUAGGGGGGGGGGGGAUACGUUCAAUGUCCAUCAUAAAUGAAACAAUUAGUUGUAUACCAUAAAUUUUUCAUCUGCUAAUGUAGCAGUUUAUUCUUGUUGUAAUUGCAUUUUUUGUUUUCAAUAUUCUUUUAGAGGUAAUUUUGAAAAAAAUCUUGAUUGCACAUCUAAAAAAAAAAAAUCCAUGUUUUGAUUCUUAAAAAUCAAUCUGAAAUCAGAAAUAAUAUUUAUGUAAUAAAAAGCCAAGAGGUUAUGAUGAGAUAGAGAGUUCUAUUUUUUGAAAUCAUAGUUGAAAUCCACAUAUUAUGCCCGAUACUUUGUUUUGAAAAAAAAAAAUUGUUUUUUUAAAAGAUUGUAAAAAUUUCUAUACAGCCAAUGAAUACUUUUCUUCCAUUGUCUUUCUUAAGUUUUAUUUUGUAUCACAUUUCAAUUUUAUCCACAAGAAAUCAUUUUCUAUAGAAGCAUCAUUAAUAUUUAAUGUUACUAGUCCUCUUUGUAAAGCUUAUCUCAGCUCACUCUGGCAAAAAUUUUGAGCACGUCAUUUCUCCCACACCCAUUCUCGGAUCAAGUUGAAACUUGAAAAUUAUUAUUAUUUUAUUUUUUUUGGCACAUGUCAAUACCCGAGUCAAUUAAAAAAAUUAAACCAAUUAGUCAAUUUAUUAUUGUGUUUGAUUUUGAAAAAAGGGAAAUAGCUUCUACAUUAUUGAGAUGUAGAUUUGUAAACAUGGAGUUCUUCUUCAUAGAUAAGCUGAACAUUUCACAAAAACUUAUAACUUAUUAAGCUCUUUUGGCCAGACUUUAUAGUACUAAGGUAAUUGCUUUAAAUUUCAAGACAUAUUGAAAGUUUAAAAUAGUAUGUAAAAAUCGCACAAAACUUGAUUGAAUAUUUCAAAAAAAUUGAUUGCAUACUAAAGACAAGUCAGUGAUUUUUAUUUUAAGGUAUGAGUAUUUGCUAUUGUUUUGUUUAUAUUAUAAAAAGUCCUAUCACUUCCUUUAAUAGGAUUUUGUUUUUCACUGUUUGAAAUAUUUAGUCACUUGAAGAAUGUUUAUCAAGUCUAGUCCAAGUAGACAUCUUGGAAAUAAUUAUUUCCUCUUUGUUCAUUUCAUAUCUUUGUUUACUUUUGUUUUUAUAUGAGCUCACUAUUUGUUUCAUUUUUUUUUUCCUUAUUUGUGUUUCAGUUCAAAUGUUUGCAACUGAACUAAUUGUGCGUGAAAAAAAUGUACUUUUGAGCUGGCAGAUGUUACCUUGACCUUGUCUCUGCUUUCCCAGAAUCAUUAGCUGAAGGUGGGGCAGUGUGGGGUACUUCAUAGAUCUCUAAAAAGCCUGUCUUUAAGACACAGGGGUUCUAAUUUUGGAAUACUAAUCCAUCUAUUUUUAUUAGCUUUAUAUCUGAUUUUAGUAUUGCAUAAUGCAAUGGAACUAGACAUUGAAAAUUGAUACACUUUUUUGAUGGGAAGGGAGCCUACAUUUUUUAAAAAAAUAAUUCUGUCUCAUAUUAUGAUACCAUGUUUUCAUUGUAUAAGUAAUAUUGGCCUCUGUAAUCAUUGUAUGUUUAAUCUGAAUGAUUGCUCUAGCCCUUUCUUCCGAAGCUGUGUGUGGAUUAAAUUAAUAACUACUUCCCUAUACAUAAUGAUUAACCCCCCCCCCCCUUUUCUUUUUCUUACACCUUGGGUAAUGUAAAAUGACAAAAUAUUAUUUAUUCAUUUAAAGCUGUCUUAAGGCAUUUUAGUCUGUUCCUCUUUCUAAAGUGUAAAUCAAUAGAGUCAUCUCUAAAGCCUAAAUUUGUGAAUUGCAUGUUUAUAAUUCAACCAAUUCACUAAAUACAUACACGAUGGUUUCAUUUUUUUUUUCAGUAUGUAGGCCUACUAAAAUAGAAUGUUGUUGAGUACAGGUGUAAAUAGGUCAUUAAGAUGACACGAUUGUGUGUGUGUUUUGUUUUUUAAUGAAGCAUGUGAAUUUUUUUUUUCUCUAUUUGUCACUAAUUAUGUUACUGUUUGUCAUUGCAAUGCAAACAUUUUUACUGUCACCGAGUGAGCGAAGACUGUAUACAGAUCAUUUUGGGGUUUGUUUAUAUUUGUUUUUAAAUUUCAAUAUAAUAUAGGUCAGUGAUGUUCAGUGCCUUUCUGACACCAAUGUCACGGUUUGAUUCAAUACCUUUUUUUUUUUU